AUGCACCGCCUAUCCUUGCUUUUGUUGACGUGGACAUGGGUGAGCCAGGCGUCAAUGAUCGUCUACGUGGGCUCCGCAGGCUGCGAUGCGGAUGACAUCUCUUGUCACAACAGCAAUCAACCACACAGUGAGCUCUUUGCUUACGACGUUCUGAGAAAUGGGUUCGUCGUUCCCAAUCCUCAGUUGCAUGUGGACGUUGGCGGACUGCCGCUGUGGCUCACUGUCAUUGAGUCGGAUGAUCUCGACCAGAAGUGCAUGUUCGCCGCUCUCGACAACCACCAGAUUCGCGUGUUGCAAGACCCAGGCUCUUCGCUGACAGCCUUUGAACCGAUUCAGUCCAUGCCAUCUGGUGGUUCAACACCGGUCUUCGCAAUCCCGAGCCUGGAUCAAAAGUUUCUGCUCGUGGCAAACUACAACUCCAAUGACGAUCCUUUGGGUGCUGGCGUGACUGCUUUCAGGAUACAACCAGAUUGCCAGCUGACACCGACCAGCAUUGUCAAACAUCAAGGAUCCUCAGUGGACUCUUCUCGCCAGCUUGCUGCGCACACACAUGGCUUGGUUGUGUCCUCCAGGCACAACCUAGUUUAUGCUUUCGACCUGGGUAUGGACGUGAUCUUUUCGUACAAGCUCUCUGACACCGGCCAGCUGCAGGAGCUGCAGCGAACGCAGGUGUUUCCGGCAUCUGGUCCACGGCACGGAAUGGAGCACCAAUCGCUGCCGAUCUUGUACGUCAUCUGUGAGAUGAGCAGGGCAGUCCUUGUUUACCAGGAGCUUGAUGACGGCCGGUUGAGCCUUCGACAGAUCAACACCAUACGUUUGGAAGACGCAGACGAAGACAGCAAAGCUGCCGAGAUCACGAUGCUGGCUUCCGGAACGACGUUAUAUGCUUCGAACCGGGGUGCGAAGGACUCGUCCAACACUGUCACUGCCUUCCGUAUCCUUGACAAUGGCCACCUGAAGGAGAUACAGCAGAUCAAGGCGCCGGCGUAUCCGCGCGGCAUGACGUUGGUCCACGAUGACAGUAUUUUGCUUGUGGCGGGUCAGUCCAACAGUGACCUGGCCAUUUACAGAGUGCAAUCCGAAGGAACGCUCAGUGAGCAAUACACUCUGCAUCGAGGGUUGCCACCACAACCAGCAGCUUUUGCAGUGUUGCAAGAGCCGGCUGGGGAAUUGUAA